AUGGACAGUGAAUCGAGCCUCCAUCACCUAAUAAAGGCUUAUGGAGAGGCCACGGAGAAUGGACAGCAGGAGCUUGCCAGGGUGAUUGUGAAUAUAGAUAAGAAGAGCAAUCCCCUGGGAAAGACAAUGGAAAGGGUAGCCUUCCAUUUAUUCCAGUUGAAACAAAAUCAAGGCGAAUACCUGAGACAAGAAUCACUCAAGAAUUUUAGAGCAGCAUUCAAGGCGUUAUACCAAGGUAUCCCGUAUGGGAUAAUAGUUCAUUUUGUUGCCAACUCGGCAAUUCUAGAAGCUAUGCCAGAAUAUGCAGAAACAAUUCACAUAGUUGAUUUUUAG